AUACUCAGUUCAUCCAAAGCAUUUGCGAAGCACUCAAGAUGUUAAAAAUAACUGUGAUAUUUGGAGUUCUUCUAACAGUGUUCGUGGUCGGAUCAACCAGUCAAAGGAUAAUUCUACCUACGUACAGACCACCGCUUCGACCUCCGUUUAGACCCGAUAUUAUACUUCCGACUUACCGGCCACCUCGGCAAGGUCCAGUUAUUCGCUAUGCCAGAGCAGCAGAUGAUAUAAAACCAUCAGAAACGGAUACUCACAAUCUUGCAUCCAUAAACAACGUGCCAUCUAGUGAUGAAAACAUACCACAUACCUACUUAUAUCAAGAUCAAGAAAGUAACCAAAGAAUCGCUCGCAGCCUUGAUUCACCCGGCGCCAAACGAGGUGGAGGCAGCUCAAGGACAUCUUCUGGCAGCAGAGACACAGGCCGAACGCAUCCGGGUUACAACAGACGCAAUGCAAGGGACAUUAAACUUCUGGACUUCACGAUAGUCAUCGACCAAAGCCAAUAUUUCCACGUCCAAGCAUUCCUGAACCUGUUACACGUACUCCGAUAUUAGCAAGGAUAGCGCGCGAUAUUCAAAUCCCCGGAGUGAAGAAACCAACACACCGAGAUGUAAUCAUUCCCAAUUGGAAUCCUCAUGUCAAAAGUAACCCCUGGGAUAGUCUAGGCGGUAGACGUCAUAAAAGGAGCUUAGACGAAGAAAUAACGGAAAACAACGCAUAUGAAGCUCAUCCUCGUCUGAGGAGGAGUCCUAAAAAGAAACCUCGACGUGUUGUUAUUAUAAUAAUUCGUAAAAAGAAACAUUAACAGCUAAACUACAUGAUAAAUAAUUUUAUGUUUUGUCCAAAUAAAUACCUAAUUAAUUAACUAUGUU